CUUACAACAAAAACAACAUCAAAUUAUGGUUAACUUGAACCCGAUCUCUCACCUCAUUCUUCACCUUUUGCUCUUCCUAUUUUUAGCUUCUUCAGGUUCGGGGCAUGGAGUUCCAGGUUCAUGCUUCGAAGAAGAGAGGCAAGCUCUUCUCAACUUCAAACAUGAUCUCGCCGAUCGUUCUGGCAGGCCUUCUGACAGACUUUCUUCUUGGGUGGGUCAUGCAUGCUGUCAAUGGCAAGGGAUUUCAUGCAACAACCGAACUGGUCAUGUUGAAAAGAUGGACCUCCGAAAUACAUAUUCAGAUACCCACUAUGAAGAUUGGAACUACACUAAGUAUAACCAGUCCGUUUUAGUGGGUAAGAUGAAUCCUUCUUUGCUUGGCUUGAAACAUUUAUCUCACUUAGAUCUAAGCCAGAACGAUUUUCAAUUCGUUCACAUCCCCAAGUUUAUUGGGCAGCUUAAGAGUUUGAGGUAUCUCAAUCUCUCAUAUUCCGACUUUGGAGGAGAGAUUCCCUCUUCCCUUGGUAACCUCUCAAACUUGAACUAUUUGGACCUCAAGGGUUAUGCCUAUCACAAUGGUGUUUCUUCCAAAAACUUGAAUUGGCUUUCUCAUCUAUCUUCCUUAAAAUAUCUCAAUCUUAGAGGUGUGAACCUUAGCAGCACAGGAGUAAGUUGGCUACAUGAUGUCAACAUGCUUCCUUCACUCUUAGAGUUGCAUUUGUCUGAUUGUCAAAUUGAUGGAAACCAGCUUCCACUCUCCCUGCCCGCAAUUAACUUCACAUCACUUUUGGUCCUUGAUAUGUCUUCCAAUGUUAUUAAUUCUGCAUUCCCCACAUGGCUUUUAAAUCUUACUAGCCUCAAAUCCCUCGAACACCUAGACUUAUCUGGUAUGUAUCUCCAAGGUCAAAUUCCUCAAGUUAUUGGACAUCUGUGCAAGCUAAAGAUGUUAAAUCUCAGGGGGAACAAAUUUAGCGGAGGUCUUCAAGAGAUUUUGAGUGGUUUCUCAAAUUGUCGAGAUAAUGGGGGGAUGGUAAGUGAAUUGCAGCAUCUUGACCUCAGUUCCAACUCUUUUUCUGGAUCAUUUCCAGAAUCUUUUCGACACCUAUCAUCCUUGAAAACACUUGACCUCCGUUUCAACUCUUUUUCUGGAUCUUUUCCAGAAUCUUUCCGACACUUAUCAUCCUUGGAAACAUUGGAUCUCUCUUAUAAUCGUAUGAACGGUUCCAUUAUUCCUCAAGGUUUGGGACAACUCUCUCAGCUAGUCUACCUAGAUCUGUCUGGGAAUCCAUGGAAAGGAAUUCUAACGGAAGCGCAUUUCAUAAACCUCACGAGAUUGGAGACAUUUCGAAUAGGCCCAGACAGACCUGCUUUGUCAUCAUCCCUCAUUUUCAAUGCGACUGAUGACUGGGUUCCCCCAUUCAACCUCCGCGAAGUUUACAUUCAAAACUGCAGAGUGGGUCCUGCGUUUCCGGUAUGGAUUCGAUCUCAAACUCAACUAGUUGAUGUCCUGCUUGAUAAUACUGGAAUUUCUGAUCGAAUACCUGAGGAAUGGCUCUUGAAGAUAUCUUCACAGGUUGAAUCCUUGCAUUUACCUAACAAUGACAUUGGCGGAAAACUUCCCUUCCAAUUCAAGUUUCCGAAAAUAACUGUCAUAGAUUUGCGUCAUAGUCAAUUUGAAGGCACACUCCAGCAGCUUUUGCCCACUAAUGCACCUCUGUUACAAGAGUUGUAUCUUUCUGAUAAUCAUUUGAAAGGAAGUAUUCCACCUUCAAUUUGCCAAUUGCAACAUAUGGGAAUUCUUUCUCUAAGAAACAAUCAGUUUUCUGGAGAGUUCCCUCAAGAAUGGAGUCUGUGGAGCCAAAUAGUUGUCGUGGAUGUCUCAAACAACAAUCUCUCUGGUAAAAUUCCAAGUUCAAUGGGCAUCCCAAGUUCUCUUGACGUUUUGAAGAUGAGCAACAAUCUUUUUGGGGGAGAAAUUCCUUCUUCCUUGCAAAAUUGCUCUCGUUUGAUUGAUAUUGACUUUAGUGGCAACAAACUCACUGGAAUCGUACCUGUAUGGAUGGGGUCAAAGCUAUCUCAAUUGCAAGUUCUACAAUUGCGAUUCAACUUUUUAAGUGGAAGUAUUCCCCAACAGUUGUGCAAUCUUCAAUACCUUCAUAUCCUAGACCUAAGCCAUAACAACAUUUCAGAGACUAUUCCCAUGUGUUUGAGUAAUUUGACUACUCUGCGCUACGAUGUAUCCACCUGGUAUGACUUUCACAAUUACGACGAGUCAACAACUGUUAGCAUGAAAGGAAGAGAACUUGUAUAUGACAUUGAUCAUACUUUACAUUUCGUAAUGAGCAUUGAUUUUUCAUCUAAUAAUUUAGAAGGUGAAAUCCCUGAAGAUAUAAGUUCUCUCGUUGAAUUGGUUUCCUUGAACUUGUCCAGGAACCAAUUAAUUGGAAAAAUUCCAUGGAAGUUCAGCAACUUAAGCAACUUGGAAACGCUUGAUCUCUCACACAACCACCUUUCAGGAGAGAUUCCCCAAAGCUUUUCUUCUUUGACCUCACUGUCUCACUUUAACUUGUCUUGUAAUAACCUUUCUGGAAGAAUUCCUUCAGGGCCCCAGCUUCAAACAUUGGAUAAUUCAUCCUACAUAGGGAAUCCAUCACUCUGUGGUUUUCCUCUUUCAACCAAGUGCCAGGGAGAUGACACGAUCACAAAACAAACUAUUCAUGGAAGAGACAGUGAAGAUGAAGAUCAUAACGGAAAGCUUGGUUUCUAUAUCAGCAUGGUCCUUGGGUUUGUCAUAGGCUUUUGGGGUGUUUGUGGCACGUUACUCAUAAAGAAGUCAUGGAGGUAUGCCUAUUUUCAAUUCUUUGGCAACAUCAAAGAUAAAAUAGCACUGGCAAUUGCUUUAAAAGUAGCUUGUUUGCAGAGAAGAUUCUGAUGGGGAAAAGAACUUGUGAUACAAUAACAAGAAUCAUGUAUGUUCUUUCUUUUAAAUAUCGUAAUGUAAUGUAGCUAUAGAUAAUAAAUCAAAUCAAGGAUAGUAUGAUGCUAACUUGAUGUUCUUGAUUUUUUCGCUUUUCUAUCUUUGCAUAUUUGUUUUAAAUUUUGAUAGUGGAAUAAUGGCAUGUUCUGAUCACUGGUCAAGAAAAUGGUUCGAAAUUAAUUA